CCGCCUGGAAGGUGACGCCGCCGCGACCGGCCGCGGCGCUCCCCGUGCACCCGCUGCCUUCGACGCCCCACCCAGGUGCGAUCCCGCCGCAGCUGCGCGAGCUCUACAGCUCGCACGGCCUCUCGCAGAUGUCGCAGAUGUCGCAGAUGUCGCAGAUGUCCCAGAUGUCGCCGGCCCGGCUGCUCGAGCUCGGCCGGUACGGCAUGCGGCCCUACGACCUGGCGCAGCAGAUGAUCAGCCAGCAGACGGCCGUCACCAAGCUGCUCAGCGGCUCGCUGCGUCCUCCGGGCGUCAUCGGCGGCAGCAAGCCCAAGGUGGCCACGCCGCAGGUGGUCAACAAGAUCGAACAGUACAAGCGCGAGAACCCCACCAUCUUCGCCUGGGAGAUCCGUGAGAAGCUGGUGGCCGACGGUGAGUGCUGCCGAGCCUGCGCUGGCCCUGCGAGUGAGACGUAG